CAAAAAUAUACAUUCACGUCAAUGACGUUAAAUCAGUGUUAUAGAUAUAAAUUAUUAAAUAAAUAUAAAAACAAAACUAGAAAUGGACAUAAACGAGUCUAACCUUAAGGAAGACUUGAGCAAGUGGAUAACCAGUCUACAAAACUUACUGCCAAAAAAGAAAGACAUAAUUAUUAUACAACCGCAGAAAGCUGUUUUGACAAGGUUGGGUAAUAUUCACUUUGAAGCUAAGAGCGUCUUUCCAAAGUGUUUCACUGGCACAAAACUAGUUAUCCUGAGAGAAUUGUUCGAUAAGGUGAAACUGGUACAACAGUAUAAUUUCGGAAGACCUAAAGAUUCAUACAAAUGCUUCUCACACUUCAUCCAUAAGGAAAUGGAGACGCAAAAUAACAGCGAUGGACUUGUUAUUGAUUCAACCGGUUCUGCCACAGCGUCCUACAAAGAAGUGCUAGAAGACGGUAUUGAAAUUAAACUAACAUCUAAAAUCAAAGAUCUUAUUUCAUCAGAAACAGAAAUGGUACUUGAAAAAGAAACCGACAAAUUAAUAGGUUCGUUUUCCUGCACAAUGAAGGAUGUUGAUCCAAAAACAUUAAGGGUUGUUACACAAUUUAUUUACAAAGUGUUGCCAGAGUUCAGUGUUGGAAUCGAAAGUGGUAUGAGACCUCUUUAUCCUUUAUUGCCAGAUAUAUCGAUAAGUUCUAGAUAUGAGAAGGGCUCACUUACACUAUCAUCGACAGUAAGCCAGCUAGGUUUUCAAGUGUGUCUGUACAAACAGUUAGCACCAGAUCUCAGGAUAGCUACAAUAGUGAAUGAAAAUAAGAACGGACCUAAUAUGGGUUUUGCAUUACACAAGAUGUAUGGGAAUGGAUCUGAAUUUAAAGUUUUCAUCGACUCGCAGCGGUGUGGAGGAUUCACGUUUGAAAAAGACGUUCAUUUCGUUGAGCAUAAUGACACUAGAGUUGUUAGACUUGUAGCUAGCACACUAAUAGACAGACAAAGGAGAGUGCGAUUUGGUUUUGGAUUCCACUUAGAUUUCUGAAGACUGUCAUCGUAUAUAUAAAAAUUUGUAUGUUUUUCUAGCUAUUAUUUGUUUGUAUAUAAGUAUACAUAGGUUUUAGUAAAUGUUUUGUUUCGCUACAAUUGUUUUCUAAUGUGCGGUACAAAUUUUGAUUAAAAUAAAUGUAUUUUUAAUUGUUGCUUUUAUAAUAUAUUGUGUAAAUGAAGUUUAAAAGCAAA